GGUGCAAUCUUCAUGUAUCAGUCGGCGAUGCGAUGGUUAGCCGUUUGGUUGGAUUUGUUGGUUGUAGCGAUAACAUUUGUUGUGUCGUUAUUUAUCGUUCUACUCACAGGCAGUGUGGCACCCGCUGAUGCGGGUAUGGCGUUGGCAUUUGCCAUUCAGGUUCAUUUCUAG